CAAACCAUUACCUUUUACCGCCUUAAUGACCACCGGACUUAUAACGCCGGCGUGGCUAACCGCCACAUGAUAACCUUAUUCCAUGGCGGCGAUACCCAUUAAACGCAACUACUUUCUUUCUCGCUUCAAAACCUUUCUUCCUUCUCAGCAUUUUUAUCAUAAUUUCGUUGACGUUGGCAAUAAACCGCAAUCGCGUAAAGACAAAGAGUCGGUUUCGAAACCAGGAAAAUGGGCAGGUGAAAUCAAUUUUUCAAAAUGGAAAAAGAUGGAUUCGAGGUCAUUGGGGAUAACGCGAGUUAUGGUCCCGUCGUCUCCUUAUACGCUUCUAAAGAUUCUACGAAGCAGUGGAUUUGAAUCCUACUUGGUUGGUGGUUGUGUGAGAGAUUUACUUCUAAAUAAAACACCAAAAGACUUUGAUGUUAUCACGACAGCUGAUCUUAAUCAGAUUAAGAAGCAGUUUCAUCGUUGUAUAAUCGUUGGACGUAGAUUUCCUAUAUGUAGGGUGCAUAUUAAGGGGUCAGUUAUUGAGGUUUCCAGUUUCAAAACUUUGGCAAAACAUUCUGAAAGUAAAGAAAAGUUUCUCAUCUCUCAAAUGCCUAGAGGCUGUAACCAAUCAGACCUUAACCUCUGGAAAAACUCUAUGCAUCGUGACUUUACUGUUAACAGCUUGUUCUUUGACCCUAUUAACUUCAAGAUCUAUGAUUACAACAAUGCAAUGAAAGAUUUAUUGGAGCUAAAGCUACGAACACUAGUGCCUGCGCAUAUUUCUUUCACGGAGGAUUGUGCCAGAAUUCUACGUGGAUUGAGAAUUGCUGCUCGUCUUGGCUUGUCACUUUCAAAAGAUAUCGAGACCGCAAUUUAUAAACAGGCUUCAUCUAUCUUGAACUUAAGCCCGCCCAGGAUAAUGAUGGAGAUGGAUUAUAUGCUUGCAUACGGGGCUGCUGAGUCUUCCCUACGUCUACUUCACAAAUAUAACAUUCUCGAGAUUUUGCUACCAUUUCAAGCAGCAUACAUUUCUAGACACACCGCCAGAUCCGGGGAAUGUACCAUGAUGUUGAUGAAGUUGUUUUCCCACAUGGAUAAGCUUGUUAGUUGUGGCCAGCCAUCUGCAUGUUCCUUGUGGAUCGGAAUUUUGGCUUUCCAUCAGGCACUAGUAAAUAAACCCCAGCAUCCUUUUGUGGUUUUGACUUUCGCUUCUGUUCUAUAUCAUCAGAGUUGGGAAGAUGGACUCAAGUUUGCAAGAAAAACUGGUGGAGCACUAGUCAGCUAUGAGCCUGAAAUUUUAGACCCAUACAAGUUCAUUUCUGACGAAGAGGUUGCUAUAAAGGUAAAGAAAUUAGCAAUGCGGGUGAUGGAUUCUAUCGAGGUUUUUGUGGAUGCAGAUAGCCAGCAAAGUUUAAUGUCGAAAUUCCCGGCUUUCUCAUGUUCAGGUUUGGUAUUCAUAUCCAAGAACGCUGCUCACGCUACGGCACAACUCUUUCAUGUUCUUGUGCAUAAGGUGGAAACUUACGAUAGGGGAAGAAGUUCAUUUGAGAUGAACCAUGAGUUACUUGGAAAGGGUGAUGCUUCAGAGACUAGAUUUGUCCUUGGAAAGAUCAUCCUUAAUACUAUGGGCUGUGAAGUUGAACACGACAAUCACAACCACCCUGCAUUACCUGAAUUCUCACAUGUUACGCCGUCCGAUUCAAGAUUACAGCAACCAAACGCCUACAACCCCAAGAGUGAAAAACUAAAUCCGAAAUCAAACAGCGGUAAGGAGCAAAAUUUAGCUUUAAAGAAAAGGAUGGAACUUAUAGAAGAUGGAUAUCUUAUUGAGCAGGAACAGUGGGAAGAAGAUAUUUCCACGAAGCAUGUUGAAGCGCUGGUUACUCCUUCCUGUCUGAAUACUGAGGAUAACGACAUGGAGAAGCCAGAAGAGAUCAGUGCAUCUCAAUCACCAACACAGAAAUCAAUUAACAGUAAGAAGCAAAAACUAAGUGAGAAUUUAAGCAGUAGUAAUAAGCAAAAUGCAGCUAUCCAGAAGAAGAUCAAUUAUAUUGAGGAUGAACGUCUUCCUGAACAAGAACAAUGGAAAGAAGUUAGUUCUGAGUUGCAUGUUGAAGUACUCAAUACUUCAUCCUGUCCAAAUGUUGAGAUGCGAUCGAAUUCUAAGCAUCCUGCAAUGGAGAAAUCAGAAGAGAUGAGUGUGUCCCAAUCACCAAUGCAUGAACUUAUUUACACAUUGGAAGCCAUAACAGAAAAUGAAAAACUUCCAUCUCAAUUAGAAGCUCAAAACUCCGAAGAAAAACUCACUGUAGAUGCAGAAGCACAAGUAGAUCAGUCAACCACCAUAGAACGAAGUGUAAACACAAAGCACAAAAGGAAAAAAGUGUUGCCGCUGUCGUCUCUUUUCAAGUAAACACCACUUUUACUCAGUAAUGUAUACGACCUACUUCUCCCAUCUAAUCACUUCAAAUUUUUGGCGUUUGAAAUAUAACAAUAUCAUAUUUAGGCUCUUUUACUCAGUAGUGUUCACAAUAUUGAUUAAGGUUAGCAGUCUAUGGUGUAGCAAUUGUUUGUAUCAUUUCUGUGUCUUUUAUUCUCCCCGUUGGGGAAAAGUUUUGUUUUUAUUCUGUGACUAAGAUUAGCAGUCUUAUGAUUGAAUUUUUCUAUUGUAGUGAGUGUUAAUCUUAUAAUGAAUAAGCUUACUCUUCCUAAA